UUUCAUUUAGUCUCGGAAGCUCGCUCGCCGUUCCAUUGAUGUACGCACCAAAAGACAUCAACAAAGCUAAGUGGUUGGGGAGGGAUGCGUGUUCAGCACGGCGGAAUAUUUUCCUGUUGCGAAGCACACGCGGUACACGUACUGGGGUUCAUCUGAAAUUCUUCGUGUCCAGAGCAAAUCCGACCCCAGAGCUGGAGCUCAGUGAUCCUACGUCAACGCUCGUUGAUGAUCCGACAGCAGUCAUGCCUGAUUCAGACCCGACCGCUGCGGAUGCGGAAUGGAAAAAAAUCCAGCAAAAUACAUUCACAAGAUGGAUCAACGAGCAGCUGAAGCCGGCGGGGAAAUAUGUGUACAAUGUCGAGACAGAUCUGGGGGAUGGAUUGAUCCUGAUUGCUCUGUUGGACCAGCUGAUAGCAUCUGACGGCCGCUCCCCCGAUCUGCCCCGCUGUAAUAAGAGACCUGUGUUUAAAUCACAGAGGUUGGAGAACAUCUCUAUCGUCUUGAAGAAGAUAGAAGAUGAACAGAUCAGGCUGGUCAACAUCGAUGCAUCCGACAUCUUGAAGGGCAACCUCAAGUUGAUCUUGGGUUUAAUUUGGACACUGAUUCUGAAGUAUCAAAUAAGCCUGGAUUCUUCUUCCAAGACACCCAAACAGGCUAUGCUAGAGUGGAUAAACACUGUUCUGCCAGAUAGGUGCAUCACUAACUUCACCACGGACUGGAACGAUGGAAUAGCACUCAGUGCGCUGAUCAAUUUCUGCGACCCAACACUGCUGACCAACGUCAAGUCCCUCGACCCAGCCAGUGCCCUCGACAACUGCACCCAUGCCAUUCAAUUGGCCAAGGAUAAAUUUGAAAUCCCUCAAAUCCUGGACCCAGCAGACAUGAACAAUCCUAAAGUGGAUGAACUGAGUGUGAUGACAUACUUAUCCUACUUCCCAAGGAAAGGGGGGCCGGGAUGGAAAACAACCUUGAACUGGGUCCGCAACAAAGUCCCAGAACUCAACGUACAAAAUUUUCAGAGUGACUGGAAUGAUGGGCGUGUCCUGUGUGCUCUUGCGGAGGCAGUGGCUGAGGGCGCAUGCCCAGAAUGGAGAGAGCUCAACAAAGAUGAAAAGCUGGCAAACUGCCAAAAAGGUAUUGAAGCAGGUACCAAGUUGGGUAUCAAACCCACAUUGAGUGCCCAGCAGCUCAUGAGCCAUGAUGUAAAGGAGCAUGAUGUGUUGUUUUAUGCCGUUCACUUCCAGCUCUUUGAGCUUAAACAAUAGUCUGACUACAGCAUGGAAUUAAUGAUAAGGCACAAUGUGAGUACUGCAAAUGCCUUCUAUUCUUUUUGAAAUUUUGUUUGAGAAAAACGAAAGCUCUAAAAUGAUUAUUUAGAGGUUUUUAUUUAGAUGAUUCCUUGAAUUGGUACAGGUGCCGGCAGCUGCUUUUAUUUUAGUAGUCAUUGAAAUAUAUGUAGCAUGUAUAGCAUUGAUUUCCAUUAACCCUAACCCCCUAGGGUGUAUAUAAUAUUAUCUUGAAAUCAGAGGAUUCGGUAAAAAGCCUUCUAUAGCUUUCAAAUAUGCUAAAAACUUCAAACUUCGUUGUUCACGUUGGCCCUGAUAGUUUAACAUGGCACUUGAGUCAGUGUUUACAGACCAUGUACUGAUUUGCUGUCACACUUUAAGCCAGGUCUUACAAGCUGCAAUUAGUACUUCUCUUGGGCAGGCCAGCACACCAGAUUUCGCUCUACUGAACAAGUUCAAGCUAGUGUUGAACUGCUGAACAUGUUCUGCUGCAACAACUUUGUGAUUUUGUGUUGUUGGAAAUUUCAAAAAUGUGUGAUAUAUUUUAUUUGAAUGCAUAUUCAUAGCAACAAAGAUGAUAUAUAUAUACAUUUAUAUAUAUUUUUCAUACUUUCAAAAUUUUAGGGAUUCCAUUUUACUUGAGUCUUGUACUUGUAGACAUGAAAUGAAUUAAUUAUGAAAAUGGUAAAACUCAUUUUUUUAACCCUAGGUAACUUCCCCAGAUAUGUGUGAAUGAGAGUUAUCUUUAUCCAGUCAAAGUUUGAAGAAGUUACAGAUUUAAGCUAGGAAUAUAGUUUUGGAGUGACAGAAGGGGAGUUUAAUUGAUGAGGAGGUUAUUUAGAAUAUUGGUAUAAGAUGUUAAAAAAGUAGAAUAUUAAGAAAUAUUCGUAAAAUUUGAAAUCAGAUCUGCUAACUUUUUUCUUAGAUUUUAAUUACGGGGCAUUUAGUUGUGUACAUUAUACAUGUAAUUGCAUUUGUAUCAUGAAAACAUUGUCAUCCUGAUAUCUGAUUUGUUUCUUCUAUUUUGCUAUUUAAAUAAUGUCUCGUUUGAUUGGUUUGACGAUAGAAGCCUUUCACAAAUACAAAUACAUGUACCUAUAAGAAUUAGGGUUAGAUUUUUCUUCGUUAUGACAUAAGAGGGAGAAAAGGUAAUCAAUAAAUUAACAAUGUAAUUUAUUGGUAGAUCAUUCAUAGGGAUCAACUAUUGUCACGGCUGUAAUACGUAGACUCAUAACAUAGACCAAGAAAGAAGGAAUAGACUUAGUGGCGCUAACACUUUCAAUUUUGUAUAGCUUGCUUGGUGCUUUUGAAUAUUGCCUAGGUCCAUAGAUGAAAUAGAAUUAAAUAAUCCAGUAACUACACAAAUGAA